AUGCACCAGAGGCUCCGGUCCGAGUCUGAACGCCUGAGAACCAGGAACGCCAAUGACAUAAGCUCCAGUCCAAGGAGAGGAGAAAGCCAGUGUCCAGCUCACAGACAGACAGACAGACAGAAUUCACACUUCCUCUGCCUCUGGGUUCGACUGGGGCCCUCAGCAGACGCGCGAGACCCGUCCACACCGGGGGAGGGCGGUCUGCUUUCCCUGCCCACCGAGUCAGCGGCUCAUCUCUCCUGGGGACACCGUCACACACACCCAGACCUAUCGUUUAAUGAGAGCUCGGGCACCUCACAGCCUGGCGAGCUGACACAACCUGUCACCACGUCCCAGGGGCAGUGCCUCGCAGGUGCGUGUCCCAGUGACCGUGUUUAUUUUCUCCACAGUGAGGUCAACAAGGAUUCUCUGGAGAAAACCCUUGCACAGCUGAAAUGCCAUUUCACGUGGAACUUACCUAAGGAAGAUGGUGUCUUAGGCGAUCUAGAAGAUAGAGUGUGUCACCAGAUCGAAUCGGUAAACUCUGAGUGCAAAGCUACGAUGUCCAAUUUCUUGGCCUACAUAAAACACCUGCGUGGUCACCACGAGGAGGCGCUGGAGUGCCUGCGGCGGGCGGAGGAGCUGAUCGGGCGGGAGCACCCGGAGCAAGCGGACAUCCGAAGUCUGGUCACCUGGGGCAACUUCGCCUGGGUCUCCUACCACCUGGGCAGACACGCAGACGCUCAGAUGUAUGUGGAGAAGGUGGGACGAGUGUGCAAGACGUUUCCACAUCACAACUGUACUGAGUGCCCACUGGUUUCUUCAGUGACCAGAACUGCCUGGGGCCUCUGCAGGGCGGGGGUCCCUGGGAACUAUGGUCGUACCGCCAUGUGCUGACACUGGUAGCUCCUGCUCGUCCUUGUUCCUAGCCAUCCAUACAUGCUUUAGCUUUGCCAGUGUCUGGGUGGAGCAAAACCAAAGGAGGUCCUUUGCCUGGGGACCUGGAAGGCUCAGAAAGCUGGGUGCUCACCUGGCUCUUCCUUUCCCAGAGAGAACCCUUUCUGGCUGGGAGUUCCCUGUGGGCACUGAGCAGCACCAGCCAGGGCAGGUGGGAUCAGGGGGCAAAAUGAAGCUGUCCUCCUCUUUUUGACAGUUAUUCUCAGGGUUGUUUUGGUUUGUUUUUGUUCCACUGUUGCUGAAUUUUGGUAAGUGGACACCUGAGCUUUGCUGGAGCUAUUUUUAUUCAUGAAUAAAGUAUGUAACUGUGGAUCUCACCUGGGGUAGGUGGGUUCCCCUACUUCACCAUCUUGGUCACAUCACUCUCCAACAGAGUUUUGUGUUUCAUUUUCAAAUAACUCCUAAUCAACUGCAAAACCGUCUGAUUCACAUCUAUUGAUUGAUAAAUGAACUUACGUAUUUUAUUUUUAAAUCUUACAACAACCCCAUAAAGUAGUUACUGCUGUCAUUCACUUUUUAGUGAGGGAGAAAUUUCCGUGGUUAAGUCACCUGUGUAGACCCACAAAUGUGCUGAGUGGUAGAGUCUGGACGUGUAUGCAGACCAGACUGACCCAAGUCCACACUCCUUGACGGUGUCUCACCGUAAAGACCCCGCAGCCCCAGCUCCUAUCGGACAGCCUUUAACAGCUCUCCUCAGUCACAGUCAUGGGCCUCACUCCCUGGCAGAUGCAGCUGAAGAAGAGACUUUCUGGGAUGGAGGCCCAUACAUUUUACUGCAUAUGGGGAGCUCUCCUCAAAGAAAGUGACAGAGGCAAUCACAGCUCAUCUCCUGCUGGGUGCCAGUCCUCAUCCUCUCCCGUGCACCUUUCCCUCCACCUUGAAACAGCAGACACAUGGCACAGCCUAUCCUCAAAGGCCUUUCUCUGAGGGUAAGUCCCGGGCAGGCUCAAAACU